UUCUAUUAUCUCUGACAAGUCCGCAAUUUAGUAGUUUUUUCCCCUUUUGUGUUACACGCACGCCAUCGAUAUUAUUAUUAUUAUUUCCAAACUGCCGGUGAUUGCCGCCGCCGGUCUGAUUCGCCGGCUUGCGAGUUGCCGCCAGUCAGUACUCACAGUGGGCCUGUGCCGAGUGUGCCGAUCACCAGUCAGUCAGUGCUGUAGCGUUGUUGAUUGUGUUCGCUAGUCUCUCGUUUGUGCAGUCGUCCGUCAGUCUGUCCGCGCGCCCGUUGCACCGGCCCUUGUAUCUUGGUAGUCUAUAUAAUAUAAAUUGUUCAUUGGUUUUUCCGUAAGUCCGUAACGGUUGUUUUUUUGAAAAUUGUUUCUCGACAAUCCAGUGCCUAUGCUGUAGCUGAUUCGCAUACGAAACGCAAUAUUUAUUAUUAAUAACACAAUAUUUAACGAUAAUAUUAUUAUUGACAUGUCUUUGCGAUGAUUUCCCGUCACCCGUCGUCCGAACGUCACUCACUGCCGUCGAGUUAUUGACCCAUCAACAUAUGCUAUUGGCUGCCGCUUGCUUGUCAUCGGUUACGAAAUCGGAAAUAGGUCCCCGCGGGCUAUUAUAGACCACCAAUCAUCCGGCUACACAUCCAUCUGCAUUGAAGUCAACACCGGAUCCGUCAUUGUUACUGUCAAAGCGAUUUUAUCCCGCAGGAGGUAAAUUAUGGACGCUGGUUUUAAAGAAGAACGGCCUUCUCAUCCUAGAGCCAAAGCCAACAUUUUUGAAAUCCUCACAUUUGGGUGGACUUUAAACCUGUUCAAAACUGGACGAAAAAGAGAUUUAGAAGUAAACGAUUUGUAUACAACACUAAAUGAUCAUUCUUCAGCAACAUUAGGAAAUGAGUUAGAAAAGAAAUGGAGAAUAGAAUUAGCUAAAGCAAAACAGACAAAUCGACAGCCUAGUUUAUUAAGAGCAUUACUUCAAAUGUUUGGACCUAAGUUAAUGUUAUAUGGAUUUUUACUUUCAAUUGUUGAAAUUGUACUAAGAAUGUCUCAGCCUCUGCUCAUUGGCGGACUGUUAGCAUAUUUCGACCCUGAUGAGUCCAGACAUACCGACUUGAGACAUGCAUAUUAUUAUGCAUUUGGUUUGGUGUUAAGCAUGUUUGCUACACUGGUCUUGUAUCAUUCAACACAAUUAGAAAUCAUACAUUGCGGGAUGAAGAUGCGUGUUGCCUGCUGUUCAUCAAUAUUUUAUAAGGCAUUACGGCUAAGUAAAACUGCUCUUGGUGAAACCACGGUCGGUCAAGUUGUAAAUUUAUUAUCAAAUGAUGUAAAUCGAUUCGAUAUAGCAGUUAUAUUUCUGCACUAUCUAUGGAUCGGUCCACUAGAAACUAUCGUGGUUACAUAUUUUUUGUGGCAAGAAGUAGGCGUGUCGUCAAUAUUUGGAGUAGGCGCGUUACUUAUGUUUAUUCCUUUACAAGGCUGGUUGGGUAAAAAAACUUCGGAACUUCGACUGAAGACGGCUAUCCGGACUGACGAAAGAGUUCGUUUGAUGAAUGAAAUCAUUUCGGGCAUACAAGUAAUUAAAAUGUAUACUUGGGAAAAACCUUUUGCCUACCUUGUACAAUAUGCUAGAAAGAAAGAAAUUCAACAAAUUAAGGGAUCCUCUUACAUAAGAGGAGUUUUGUUAUCAUUCAUAGUAUUUCACACUAGAAUUGCAUUGUUCUUCAGUAUUUUGUCGUACGUGCUGCUUGGAAAUUUUAUCACCGCCCAAAAAGUUUUUGUCAUAACUUCGUACUACAAUAUAUUGCGAACAACGAUGACAGUAUUUUUCCCUCAAGGUAUUGGACAAAUAGCCGAGAUGUUAAUAUCUAUAAAACGCCUUCAAAAUUUUCUAUUGUAUGAAGAAAAAAAUAAUCAAGUGGCAAAUCGUUCAAAAGCUGACAAAGCUUCUAAUGGUGUUAGAAAACCAAUCAUUAUUAAUGACAACGAUACAUCCCCACUGAACGACCAAACUAACCCUGAACAAUCAGCCAAUUUAGGAAUAGUUGUUUCUAAUGCUACAGCUAAGUGGACAGAUGCUCAAACUGAAAAUUCUUUAGAAAAUAUCAAUCUAACCGUAAAACCUGGUAGAUUAGUCGCAGUCAUUGGUCCUGUAGGAGCCGGAAAAAGUUCAUUAUUACAUGCAAUUUUACGAGAAUUACCUCUUUCCGAAGGAAAUAUUUCAGUGCGUGGUGUAGUAUCGUAUGCAUCGCAAGAACCGUGGUUAUUUGCCGGAUCAGUUCAACAAAAUAUUUUAUUUGGUUUGCCUAUGGACAAAGAACGUUAUAGAAAAGUUAUAAAAGUAUGUGCUUUGAAAACAGAUUUUGAGCAAUUUCCUUAUGGUGAUAGAACAAUUGUAGGAGAAAGAGGAGUUUCACUAAGUGGUGGACAAAGAGCAAGAAUUAAUUUAGCUAGAGCUAUUUAUAAACCAGCAGAUAUUUACUUAUUGGAUGAUCCUUUAUCUGCUGUGGAUACUCAUGUUGGCAAGCAUUUAUUUGAGAUAUGUAUUAAAGGUUAUCUGAAAGAAAAGACUUGUAUUCUGAUUACUCAUCAGUUACAAUAUUUAACUAAAGUUGAUCAAAUUGUUUUAAUGGAAAAUGCAAAUAUAUUAGCUGAAGGUUCAUAUCAGGAACUUCAAGCUUCUGGUUUAGACUUUACAAAAUUGCUUGGAUCUUUAGUAGAUACAACUGUUGUAUCAGAUAAUGAAUCUAGUUCUAAAUAUGCAAGUACACAUACAUUAAGUCCCCGAACUAUUUUAUCAAGACAAGUUUCUAUUCAAAGUGUUGCUUCGUCUAUUGACGAGAGCAAACUUGGAACUCAGGAAGAACCAAUUGAAGUAGCUGAAACUCGUUCAUCUGGAAAUAUUUCACUUACUGUAUACUCAUCAUAUUUUUCUGCUGGUGGAAAUGUUUGUAAAAUAUCAUUUUUAUUGUUCAUGUGUGUUUUUACCCAAGUUUUAGCAUCUGGUGGAGAUUAUUGGAUAACAUAUUGGGUUAAUUUAGAAGAACUUGUUUUUCGUAAUACAAGUAGUGUAAAUGAUGAUUUAUUGACAUCCAAUGAUAAUAAUAGUACAACUACAUCAACAACUAGUGUUAUAUCUAAUAAAUUAUUAUGGUGGACAAUUUCACGGCAAACUUGUGUCAUAGUUUUUGCUGUCUUAACAUUUUCUAUGAUAUUAGCCACCCUAGUUAGGUCUGCUACAUUUGUGUCAGUUUGUAUGAGAGCGUCUAUGAAUCUGCACAACAAAAUGUUUAAUGCUAUAACCAGAGCCACAAUGUAUUUUUUCAACACAAAUUCAUCUGGACGAAUUCUCAACCGAUUUUCAAAAGAUAUGGGUGCAAUUGACGAAAUGUUACCUGUGGCUUUAAUGGAUUGUAUACAAAUUGGAUUAACACUGUUGGGAAUCAUUAUCGUUGUUGGUCUAGUUAAUGUUUAUCUUAUGAUACCAACAUUUAUAGUUGGAAUAGUCUUUUACAAAAUUCGAGUUUUCUAUUUGUCGACUUCUCGAAGUGUCAAACGAUUGGAAGGAGUUACACGAAGUCCUGUAUUUGCACAUUUAAAUGCAUCUUUACAAGGUUUAACAACAAUUAGAGCAUUUGAAGCAGAACAAAUUUUAUCUAAAGAAUUUGAUAACCACCAAGAUUUACAUUCUUCAGCAUGGUAUUUAUUUAUAUCUUCAAGUAGAGCAUUUGGUUUUUGGUUGGAUAUGGUCUGCCUUAUCUAUAUAAGCGUAGUAACAUUCAGCUUCUUAGUUAUAGGCAGCAAUACAUUUGGAGGAAAUGUGGGUCUGGCUAUUACUCAAGCAAUUGGAUUGACUGGCAUGUUCCAAUGGGGAAUGAGACAAUCAGCAGAGUUGGAAAACCAAAUGACAUCAGUUGAAAGAGUAUUAGAAUAUACCAAUGCCCCACAGGAAGCUGCUCUUGAAUCACCCCCGGAGAAAAAACCAUCAAAGGAGUGGCCUCAGAAAGGACAAAUUAUGUUUAAAAACUUUUAUUUACGUUAUAGCCUAGAUUCACCACAUGUUUUGAAAGAUCUCAAUAUUAAAAUUGAAUCAAUGGAAAAAAUCGGAAUUGUUGGUAGGACUGGUGCUGGAAAGUCGUCCUUGAUAGGAGCAUUGUUUAGAUUAGCUGUGAAUGAAGGUUCAAUUUUUGUUGAUGAUUUAGACAUUAAUGAUUUGGGACUACAUGAACUUAGAUCCAAACUUUCCAUCAUUCCUCAGGAACCGGUUUUGUUUUCAGGAACAAUGCGAAAAAAUUUAGAUCCUUUUGAUGAAUACCCAGAUCAUGCUCUUUGGAAUGCUUUAGACGAAGUUGAACUUAAGGAUGCAGUUGAAGAUUUACCUGGUGGCCUGAACUCAAAAAUGUCUGAAGGUGGUUCUAAUUUCAGUGUUGGUCAAAGACAAUUAGUCUGCUUAGCUAGAGCUAUAGUGCGAAACAAUAAAAUCCUGGUGUUGGACGAAGCCACUGCCAAUGUUGAUCCACAAACUGAUGCAUUAAUUCAAAAUACAAUUAGAAAUAAGUUCAGAUUGUGUACAGUCUUAACAAUCGCUCACCGUUUGAAUACUGUUAUGGAUUCAGACAAGGUUCUUGUAAUGGAUGCUGGUAAAAUGGUUGAAUUCGAUCAUCCCCACAAUUUGUUGAAAAACAAGGAUGGGUUUUUGUACAAAAUGGUGGAUCAAACCGGAAGGGCUACAGCUGAAUUGUUGCAUAGUGUAGCUGCCGAGAGUUAUAGAACCCAGCAGUUGACUAGAGAAUCUCCAAUCAAACUAAUUGAUGAAGAUGUAGAUGACACAAAUAGAAAUACCUAGUUAUUUUUCUUUCCAAAAUUAUUAAUAUUAAUCACAUGAUGCCUUACAUAAUACAUUAUUAUUAUAAAACAUUUUUUUAAUGACCAUGAUAAUUGUUCACAAUGUCAAAAUUGCUAUGUUAUUUUAAAAGAAUUUUGUACAACAAGUUUAUCAUCCUACAUUUAUGUUUCAAAUUCAAAUCAAAUUAGUUUUAUUUAGUCAAUGUGUUAGUAUUUACAAGACAUUUAAACAUUUUAUUUUAUGGUUUAAAUUGUAUACUAUAGGGAUAUAAGUAAGUUGUUGUCUGUUAAAUUCUACAUGUUUAUUUUGUUAAAAUAAAGAUGAUCACUUUUGUA